AUGCGUCAUGACUGUAAAGAUGAUCAAAGCUUCAGAACCGUUGAAGCCGCCCAAGAAGAAGAUACGAUUCGACCUUUCGGACCGUCAAGCCACUGGCAGCGCAUGUGUCAAGACGAAGAAGCUUCACGACCUUUGCUUCACGACCUUUGCCUGGAAACCCGACUGGCCCAGCAGGGCAAAGCCCGUCUGCACCCGGUUGUGGAUGAAAAGGGGCAGAUGAUUACCACUGGACAGUCCGACACUGUGGCGGACAAAGACCGAAUGCUUUUCGCUAUGCGAGAUUAUGUCGAAUUCAAGCUCUAUGAUCACAAGCGCUGGCUGCAACGGGAGAAGACCAUACUUGCAGUCAUCCUCGCAUACUCGCUGCUCCAGUUACACGAGAGCUCUUGGUGGCAAUCCUUGUGGAAUCCUCAAAGUCCAGCGCUACGGAGAAAUGCUCAUUUACACGCUCUCGGGGUUGUUCUGCUCGAGCUCUAUUUAAACCGAUCGACCAAAGAAGUGGUCGAUGCGCCAGGUGGGAUUGACUAUCGAGGCGUCGCACAAGACCUGCUGGAAGAACAUUCGGACGACAUCAAUAUGACAACAGAGUAUAUUCGGGCUGUGCGAUUCUGUCUGAGCCCUCACCCAAAUCCCUACUCGGGCUCGUUCAGUUUUGAAGACGAGGGAUUCCGCGAAAUCUUCUACAGCGAAGUCAUCUCCAUGCUGGAGGACAACCUGGUGUCGAGGUUCGAAGCAGACAACAGCAUCUGGAGGGACGAAAGAAUUGAGUGA